UCCAUAAACCGAUUAUUUUUUUCUCAAGAUCCACACCAAGAUCUCAUAUGAUCGUUUCAAUAGAUGAGUUACACCAACAUAUCCUCAAUCGAAAAAAAAUUAGUUAAGUGGUCAAAUAAAAUAUACGGCGUAAUCACCCAACCCUGGUCCGGUGUCAAGUCCUAGAAAAGCAAAGUUAUAACACCAGAAAAGAAAUACACAUUACACAUACACAAUGGCGUCAAUGGCUCUUCGGUGUUUGUCAUCUUCGUCUUCUUCUACUUCCUUUUGCCCUACUUUUGCCCCUCCUCCUCGCUCGCUGCCUUGUCGCAUCUCACUCCCUUUUACCGUUAAAUGUAAUGGUUCAGAGCCGUUGGAGACAGUUAAUGGACGACCAUCUCUCCCUUUCCCAAUCCUCGACGAGCAUUCUCAGCCAAAGUUGAUGCACUCGAGACGUUUAGAGAAUUCUGUAAAUACGAGUGAUACAAGGCUGAAACUGUUUUCAGGGACAGCAAAUCUUGCUCUGGCUAAGGAAGUUGCUUGGUACAUGGGUAUAGAGCUGGGAAAAGUGAAGAUAAGUCGCUUUGCAGAUGGCGAGAUUAAUGUGCAGCUGAAAGAGAGUGUGAGAGGGUGUGAUGUAUUUAUCAUUCAACCCACAAGCCCUCCGGUAAAUGAAAAUCUAAUGGAGCUUUUUUUAAUGAUAGAUGCUUGUCGUAGAGCAUCAGCCAAAACUAUCACUGCAGUCAUUCCAUAUUUUGGAUAUGCCAGAGCAGAUAGGAAGACUCAGGGUCGUGAAUCCCUUGCUGCCAAACUAGUUGCAAAUCAAAUUACAGCGGCAGGUGCUACAAGGGUGCUGGCAUGUGAUCUCCAUUCUGGGCAAUCAAUGGGUUACUUUGAUAUUCCUAUAGAUCAUUUAUACUGUCAGCCUGUGAUACUUGAUUAUCUAGCAAGAAAGGGUAUUGCUUCAAGUGACUUGGUUGUAGUUUCCCCCGAUGUUGGAGGAGUUGCAAGGGCCCGUGCUUUUGCCAAAAAGCUGUCUGAUGCACCUUUAGCCAUUGUGGAUAAAAGACGGCAUGCUCACAAUGUAGCUGAGGUGAUGAAUCUUAUUGGUGAUGUGAAAGGAAAAGUUGCUGUUAUGUUGGAUGACAUGAUAGACACUGCUGGUACUAUUACAAAAGGUGCAGAAUUGCUGCAUGAAGAGGGGGCUAGAGAAGUCUAUGCAUGUUGCACUCAUGCUGUCUUUAGUCCACCAGCAAUUGAGAGAUUGUCCAGUGGUUGUUUCCAGGAAGUGAUCGUAACAAACACAAUUCCAAUGGCAGUAAAGAACUUGUUCCCCCAGCUGACUGUCCUUUCGACAGCAAACCUUUUGGGGGAAACCAUUUGGAGGAUUCAUGACGACGACUCCGUUAGUAGUAUGUUUCAGUGAAAUUAGCCAGUCCACCAACAUUUACAUAGUAGCGUAUCUUAUAGAGCCAAAUCUUUUGUAGGUUUCUUUGGUGUCCUCGUUAGUUUCUUGCCUUCAUAAACAUACAAAUACAGGGUUAAUUUAAGCUAGUACGAGUAGUUAUUAUCCGAUGUAGUACAAAGAGUAGCAUAUAUUUUUAGUGUCGCUUACAGUUAAAUUCAAGAU